ACGUCAGAGGAGCCACCGCACACAGGGUCCUCUAGUCAUUGCAGAUGCCUCAAUCAGCCAGAAGAAUGAGCGAAAGACGACGACUCUGAGGAGCCUGAACGAUGUUUUAGGGAAGAAAAUGAGAGCCAAGGGUCUGGGUCAUUCUGGUCACAAAGAGGUCAAGAAGGGGAAUAAAGGUGGAGUCAUCACCAUAGACGACAGCUCUGAGGUAUCUGAGAACUCCCAAGAUGAUGGACAGUUUAAGGCCAGGAGAGAAUUCCUCAUGAGCGGCCUCCCCGAUUCUCUACGGAGACAGAUAGCCAAGACCAGCGCCAUCAUGGAGGCCUACUCUGUAUCUGGCUCCUCCUUCCACACCGUCCUCCAUGUGCAGCAGAGGGAUGGCUGCACCAUGUGGAGUCUGGUGAUGCCUCGUUGCCCUAUGCUGACUGAUCUCUCUCCAUUGUGCGACCAUGUUCCAGACAUCACCGAUCUCGCGCUCUCUGUUGGUGACUUCACCCAUGUGACCCCUGGAUCUGCUGUCCAGCCAUUCCCUGCUGCGGUCCCCAAGAGACCAGUGUUCUCCGACAGCAUCCGGGACUUUUUGCUUGAAGAGAUCCGAUGGCAAAAUCCACAGUUCCCAGUUAGAAGAUUUUUUAAGCAAUUUCUUAAAAAACAGAGUGACAACAUUUCCCUUCUGGAUGCCAGCAUGUCAGAAACACAACAAACUGAGAAGCGCUUAGAAGCUGCGGCGGACAUUUCUUCUGUACAGGAGACGGGCAGCGGGGCAAAGCGUAAACGAAAGGAUUCUCCUCACACAAAGACCAAGAGGCGGAAACCGGCAGAUGAGGAGCCGCAUUGUGACAGUGCACCAAACCCUCAGCUAUCCAGAUCAUCUCGGAGGAAGAGCAGCACGCCUGCAGAGCCAGACAUGGUCCUAAUAGAGGAAGAGGAGGGCCCGAAGGCUCCAGCAGAAGAGGCCGCCAUCGAGGAUGUCUUAUGGACGGAGAAAUAUCAGCCUCACAAUUCUAGUGAAUUAAUAGGAAAUUCUGCAGCCAUCCGGCGCUUACACAGCUGGCUGAGGGAGUGGAAGAUCCGAGCAGAGAAGGAAGAGAAGAGGAUGCUGAAGGCAGGAAAGGAUAAGGAUGAUUCCUGGAGUGUGGGUGACUUCCAUGACAGUGAGGACAGUGAUGAGGAGGAUUCUUUAUGUAACACUCUGCUCAUCUCCGGGCCCCCAGGGGUGGGGAAGACGGCAGCAGUGUACGCCUGCGCUCAGGAGCUGGGAUUUAAGGUGUUUGAAGUAAAUGCUUCCUGUCAGCGCAGUGGGCGUCAGAUAUUGGCCCAACUUAAAGAAGCCACACAGUCCCACCAGGUGGACCAGCAGGGGGUCAAUGCCUAUAAGCCGUGCUUCUUCUCCAGCACCAGGUCUCCCAGAAAGCUGCUGAACUCUCCGAAGAAAGUGGUGUCCUCUCCACGGAAGCCGCCAAUGUCCCCCCGAGGACCGGGCCUCAAGAGAGGACUGGCACCCAAAUCCCUGGUAAACUUCUUUAAAGCUGCGCCAAAGCAGAAGCCGGGGGUCAAGGGAACAGCUGAGCCUGUGAGGGCUCAACAAAGCGGCUCAGAUAUAAAGAUCAAUGAUGGAAAACCUUCUAGAUCUCUCUCCUCAAUAUCAGACGGGUCGGAGGAAUCUCACCGUAAAACCGCCACCUCCCUAAUUCUGUUUGAAGAGGUUGACAUAAUUUUUGAAGAUGAUACAGGAUUUCUUAGCGCUGUGAAGACUUUUAUGAGCACAACCAAGAGGCCGGUGAUCCUCACUACUAGUGAUCCUACGUUCCGGAUGACGUUUGAUGGAACAUUUGAGGAGAUUUCCUUCCGUUCACCAUCUGUGGUGAAUGUCUGCAGUUUCCUCCAGGUCCUCUGUUUAGCUGAGAACCUGCGGAUGGACAGGACGGAUCUGAUGACGUUCCUGACCAUGAAUGGAUGUGACAUAAGACGGAGCCUCCUGCACCUGCAGUUCUGGGCCCGCAGCGGGGGAGGAGGAUCGCUGGAGAAGCCGCUGCCCCCUCCUGAUAAACGUAAGAUGGAGGCGAGCGAUGGCGUCUUCCGCAGAGAUCCAGAGAUGAGGAGCGCAGAGGUGCCCGGGUGCAGUGUGGGCUGUGCCGAGAACCUGAUGGGUGUCAACAGUAUCCUAGCCCCCAAUUACUGCCUGAUCUCCUUUGUGAGGGACAAGAUCCUGGAGGCGGUGGAGUGGGAGCGGAUCCUUCGGCUCUUGUCGGAGUUUCAUUGCCGGAACAUUUCCUUCACAUCCAGUAAUCUGGAGUUACUUCUGCCGUUACCUGUGCACAUCCUCGAGCCGGUGGUCCAGCAGGUCCCAGCGCCGGCCCCUGAAGAUGACGAUAGUUUUGAGGAGGACGCCAAUGUGAAGCCGUCUGCAGCCAUGAGGCGUCGGAGGAAGCUGGUCCUGCUCAAUGACAGUGACCUGUUUGAAAGCGACUCUAACUCUGUGGAUGAAGUUGUGGGUGCAGGCGCCAAGGAUCCGGAGGAGGAGCGGCCCGGAGAUGUCGGGGUGGUGAGGCGGGUGCUGUCCUCCACAGAGCGGCAGGCGUCUCUCCUGGUCUAUCAAUGUUUGGAUUCCAUGACAGAAUAUGCCGACCACAUGUCCUUUCUGGACUGCGCCACGUGUGACCCGUCUGACCCCGCCUACACCCACAGACCCAGCUGGACGGAGAGCAGACUGAAGAAUGGUCUGUGUGAUGGGCUGCGGACCCGGGGUCAGGACUGGUGGGGCGCCCAGAACUGUGGGGACAUUCGUGGCCUCAUAGAGGCGCUCUCCUUCCACAAAUGUUCCUCUACGCUCUCUACAGCCUUGUCUUCUCUGGAGUUGUGUAAAUUAUCCGGUAAAGAUCCCACGGAGGAGCUGACCCUGCGGGUGACCGCGGCCCGGGAGCAGGUGAACUUCGGAGAGCCGGCCGCCACCACAGACCUCGCUGAGAGCCGCCGCUCUGUGGUGAGAGACGUGAUGUCACACCGCGCCUUUGUGGGCCUGGGGAACCGUGACGCCAACGUGACGGAGUAUCUGCCGGCCCUGCGUACCAUCUGCCACCUAGAGAAGGAGAAGGAGGAAGGGAAGACCAAGAGGAGGUUUCUUCACUAUUUGGAGGGGAUCCACCUGGAGUUGGGCAGAGUGACCCUCGGCAGGCUGGCGGCAGACUUCCCGUGACCCCGUUGGGGUGAUUAUUGGGGGUCUCUGUUUUGUAUAAAGGAUUUGAACUAUAAUAAUUUUAUUUAUCUCCAGUAAAUCGAUUUCUUAUUUAUGGGCCGCGCCGGUGUUUCCUGGGGCCGCGCUCCCUUUCGCACAGACUUUUUUUUUAUAAUUCUGGUGUAUUUUAUAAAUCUGAUUUUUAUAUAUUUUUUUUGUUUAUACUCUGGAAAAUUAAAGGAGGCUUUAAAUAAAGUGCCAUCUACCUCUGUCAUGUGAUAUACCAUGUGACUCCCGUGA